AUGGCGUCAACUGAAGCCCUCCCUCCUGUCACAUCCCCAUCUCUUAUACUUACAAACCCCACCUCCUCUGAACGAGAGCUCAUAUGGAAGGGCACUCAACCCCAUUGGGGAGCCGCCUUGUCCAUGGAGGACUAUAUCGCCAGAGAAUACGAUAAUCUCGAGGCUCCUCUAGCUCGAGAUGGUGGCGUAACAAGCUGGAUCCUUACCGAUGGAGAUAAAGAGCCCGGCGAAAGACCCCUCCUUUCAUCUUGCGAGACCUACAAUAAAAGGGCCUUUGUUCGAACCAAAGAUGGAAAAGCAAGAGAUGGAACUGCUCACGGUGUGGCUAGUGUCUUCACUUUUCCUGAAUAUCGAGGAAAGGGGUAUGCCAGAAAGAUGCUGUCCCUCAUUGCGGAUGAGCUGAAAAGCAGACAGCGCAAGAAUGAAGGCGCUGCUGAUUUCUCCGUCCUUUGGUCAGAUGUCGGACCCAAGUUCUACCAGACUGUGGGAUGGGAGCCUUUCAAGAGCACAUAUCUCGAGUUUCCUGUUACUGAGACCGAGCCAAUCACUGAUUCAUCCCUGAAGCCUAUUGCUCUCGACGAUAUUCCGGACCUGGCAGAUCGAGAUGAGCAACUUCUUCGAGACAGGAUCUCAAAAUCCUCUCAAGUCAGCGCUGCAGUCGUCCCUGAUAUCACCACUAUCAAAUGGCAUAUUCAUCGGGAGAACUUUAUGUGCAAACACAUCUUCUCCCGUACACCAACUGUCCACGGUGCCAUAUACACUCCACCUGACGCCCCCAGCUCAAGGAUCUGGGCUCUCUGGACUUGCAGCUUCUACGGCAUGCUUGACCAACCUGAGAAGAAUGUCGUUCGUGUAUUGCGCCUAGUUAUCGAAGAUGAGAGUAUCUCAGAUGAGAUACUUGCCAAAGGCAUCCAAGCCAUUGCGAGUUUCGUCCAGAAGGAGGCCAAGGAAUGGAAAUGCUCAAAGGUUGAAGUUUGGAACCCCGAGGAUCGGGUGCGAAGGGUCACAGAAGGCAUCCAAUCCCUCGGGGCCAAAUUCAUCGUCCGAGAAAACAGCAACAUUGCUAGUCUAAACUGGUUCAAUGGUUCUGAUCAGGAGGUUGACUGGAUUGCUAACGAGAGGUUUGCCUGGUGUUAA